AUGGUAACCAUUCUGAAGAACGUCGCAAUCGUUGGGGUACGUGCACCCCAAUUCUAUAUCUCUCAAAUCGAUUUUCAGCAGGAGUUAACAAACCUCAAGGCCAGCGGCAGUAUUGGAAAAAUCAUUCUUAGCAGUCUCGUCUCCUCGGCCAACUUUUCUAUCACUGUCAUUUCCCGCAAAGGGAGCGAGGCGGUCUUUCCGCGAGGGGUCACGGUCCUCAAGUCCGAUUUCUCGAAAGCCAGCCUCGAGGCUGCCUUCCGGGGACAAGAUGCCGUGGUUUCAGUAGUAGGAGCCACGGCUUUUAAUGAACAAAAGGCACUCGUGGAUGCGGCCAUUUGCGCUGGAGUUCAGCGCUUCAUACCCUCGGAGUUCUCGGCUAACAGCCAGAGCGACGCUGUACUGCAGUUGCUACCACUGUUCGGGCAGAAGAACGACUUGAUCAAGUACCUGAAAAGUAAGGAAGCUUCGGGCUUGACCUGGACCGGGAUUGCCACAUCUGGUUUAUUCGACUGGGGUCUUCAGAACCGCUUCUUGGAAUUCGACAUUUCCACCCGCACCGCGACGAUCUGGGAUGGCGGUGACAAAAGCUUCACAUUGACCAACGAGAAACAGCUGGGACAGUCGGUGAUCUCCGUUUUCGAAAAUCCACGGGAAACUAGCAACCAGUAUCUAUAUGUCGCUUCUGUGGAGACCACCCAGAAUGAGAUAGUCACGACUCUGGAGAAGGUGACCGGGGGUCGAUGGACCAUUAAUAAUACCACCACGGAUGAGCAGGUCAGUGCCGCUAUCGAGAAACUCACUGCUGGUGAUUUCAGUGGUGCCUUUACGUUGGUCCGGGCCACCUGUUUUGGGAACACGCCGGGCCUUCGUGCAAACUAUCUCAGGGAGGAGAAGCUUGCAAAUGAUAUGCUGGGCCUGGAGAUGGAAACUGUCGAGGAUACCAUCAGGCGCGUUAUACAAUAG